AUGGAUGAGCAAGAAAACCCUUUGGGAUUUCCAGCCAACGUGUUGCAAACGCCUGACUUCAAUCUCUGGCACCAUUUCAUCUGCUGCAACCUGAUGCCAACAUCCUACACUGCUAAGGUCACCUACAAGAUGGCCCUGCUGCUGUAUGCCAUUGCCACAGACACACCAUUUGAUGCAGUCUCAGUCAUCCGGGAGCAACUCACCCGAUGCAUCACUGAUCCAAAGGUGAAGAGCUGGUAUUUCCCAGUUAUGGUCACCAUGCUAUGCAAAAGGGCAGGGGUGACCUUCCUGCAUACCGACGCAGAAAGUAACUUGCAACAACCAUUGAGGAUGCAUAAGCUAGACCAGAAACCCCCAGGUGCCGCAUGGGCAGGACAAACGACAUCCACUCCCACUUUAACUGGACAAUUGAAGCAGAGGGAUUUCAACAAGCAGAGCAGGUUCAUCCUGGAUUACGUCCACCAAUGCCAGAUGAGGACGGAGAAAUUCCUGCAGGAAAUGCACAAGUGCAUUGGAUGCCCUGAAAACUGCCCAAUGCCGCAUGAUCCGCCAGUCCACCCACUUCACAGAAUGCCUCAAUGA